CGCCCGUGGCCGCCGAGGGCCCGGAAACCCUGGCUGUCUCUACUCUUUGAAAAUCAAUCAAGUCUGUUAACUCCUUCCCGCCUCAGAGAAUAUAGGCCCUGAAACGUGUUUAGUGCCCCUGGCACCGGAACUGCAGUUUGGAAUAAGGCCUCGGUGAUCCCGGAAAGGGGUGCUUCCCGCGGCCCGAUCGGGCUCGCAGGGUGUGUGUGCUUUUUAUCCUAGGGCUCUGCCUCGCUCGCCCGGCCCCGCACCAGCCCCGGAGCCUGUCCUGGCCCGUCAGCUGCUCGCACCGCCACCUCUCGGGCGCCCAGGUCCCGUCCUGCAGUGUUUCUGAUCAUCUCCAUCUCGGCCAUGCUUUCAAACUGCUCGCAGAAUAUCGUAAAAAUUACAACUGCUCACAUUCUAUAUUCAGGAUUCUGCCACCGGGUAGUAAAUAAAAGGAGGUUUUUCGGAACCGGGCCGGCACCCGGGCGGCGCCGGCGGGUUGUCGUCACAGGCAUUGGCUUCGUGACCCCGCUGGGUGUUGGGACUCAGCUGGUGUGGGACCGGCUGAUCCGCGGGGAGAGUGGGAUUGUGUCACUGGCUGGCGAAGGCUAUCGCGGUCUCCCUUGCAGCGUGGCUGCUUUCGUGCCAAGAGGUGGUGAUGAAGGUCAGUUCAACGAACAGAACUUUGUGUCCAAAUCCGAUUUGAAGGCCAUGUCUUCUCCAACCAUUAUGGCCAUCGGGGCUGCAGAGUUAGCCCUGGAAGAUUCUGGCUGGCAUCCGCAGUCAGAAGCUGAUCAGGUGGCUACUGGUGUUGCAAUUGGCAUGGGCAUGGUUCCUCUUGAAGUUAUUUCCGAAACUGCUUUGAUGUUUCAGACAAAAGGUUACAAUAAGGUCAGCCCGUUCUUUGUCCCUAAGGUUCUGGUCAAUAUGGCAGCAGGCCAGGUCAGCAUCCGCUACAAACUCAGGGGCCCCAAUCAUGCAGUGUCCACGGCCUGUACCACAGGAGCUCAUGCUGUGGGAGACUCUUUCAGAUUUAUAGCCCAUGGCGAUGCUGAUGUGAUGGUGGCCGGAGGUACGGAUUCUUGCAUUAGCCCUUUAUCUCUUGCUGGGUUUGCGAGAGCCCGCGCUCUGAGCACAAACCCUGAUCCUAAGUUGGCAUGUCGACCGUUUCAUCCAAAGAGAGAUGGUUUUGUAAUGGGAGAAGGGGCAGCCGUGCUGGUGCUGGAGGAACAUGAACAUGCUAUUCAAAGAGGAGCCCGCAUCUAUGCAGAAGUUUUGGGCUAUGGACUCUCAGGUGAUGCUGGUCACAUAACUGCCCCCGACUCUGAAGGAGAAGGUGCCUUAAGAUGUAUGGUUGCCGCUGUAAAGAAUGCAAAUGUACCGCCUGAAGAGAUAUCCUAUGUCAACGCACAUGCUACUUCCACACCACUAGGAGACGCUGCUGAGAACAAAGCUAUCAAACAUCUUUUCAAAGACCAUGCACAUGCCCUUGCCGUUUCCUCAACUAAGGCAGCCACGGGACACCUGCUGGGAGCUGCAGGGGCGGUUGAGGCAGCGUUUACUGCUCUGGCUUGUUAUCAUCGACAGCUACCACCUACUUUAAACCUGGAUUGCACAGAACCAGAAUUUGAUCUCAAUUAUGUUCCACUAAAGGCACAGGAAUGGAAAACUGAGAAAAGACGUAUUGGACUCACCAAUUCCUUUGGUUUUGGUGGUACUAAUGCAACACUUUGCAUUGCUGGCAUGUAGGACAGACACAUCAUUUGUAAUUAAAUAUUGCUUUUUUAAAAUGUUAUAAACAAACUAUAUUAAGUGGAGAAAUACUAUGUUUAUAUAAAUUUAUAUAUUUAUAUAUUAGCACCCAGAUACCGUUUAUUUAUGUCAAGGUUUCUCAGUCUUGGCACUACUGAUAUUUUCGGCUGGAUAAUUCUUUGUUGGGGAAAGGGCAGUUGUCCUUUACAUUGUAAGAUGCUCCACAGCAUCCUAUUCUCUACCCACUAGAUUGCAGUAGCAAGCAUCCCCUUCCCCUGUUGUGACAACCAAAAAUGUCUCUAGACAUUACCAAAUGUAUCCUGUGGGGCAAAACAGCCCCCAUGUGAAAAGCACUGAUCUAACUUUUUCUAAUACUCUAGAUCAAACAGGUCUUUAUGACAUUUCACCUGCUCUUGUCUCUUUCCUAACCAUUUGGUGAGUAGCUGCUUUGCGCUAGGUAGGGUUACCACAUGGUACACCUCCAGGCAUGCCAUUCCCGUACCAUACAUAGGAAGGGGAUACAGGUAUAACAAAGCUUGUAUCAUCGAUCAACAUUCUUUGAGUAAAGCAGUCAGCCAGCAACGAUCUUUUUACCCA